AUGGCGGUGCAUCCGAGGGUGAACUCUGUGAUUGCUAAGAGACUAUGGAAUGUGUUGAGAGUCUCCUUCUUUAUGAUCAGAAAUAAGGGUCUGGUUUCAACGAGGAAGCUGGUGAUGGACAUGAAUGUCAUGAUGAAGAGAGGGAAACUUUUAAGGAAGUCUUUGAGCAACCUCCUCUCCCACCACCACCACGCAAGAAACAUGGCACGCGGUAGCUAUGGCUUACAGGAGUAUGAGUUCUCUUGCAGCAGCAGCCCAAAUCCUGUUUUUUUCCACUUGCCAAAGCGUAAACACCAUUACUUCCCUUGCAUCAACCACCCUGAGGUCAUCGAAGAAGAAGAAGACGACGGCGCUAAUAAAGCAGCAGCGCUGAUUAUGGUGCCAAAGACCCCUGAGUAUACCUUCAACUUAUUUCAUCAUCUUGAUGCCUCAGACUUCGCUCCGGGAGAGAAUCGUAGCCCUCUUCCUUCAUCCUUCUCUAUAAGGGUGUCGGAUUAUUCAUCGGAAGAUGAUAAUGAGAAUGAUAAUGGAAUCAAUGGACAGGUAGAUGAUGAAGCUGAGGAAUUCAUUAGAAGGUUUUAUGAACAGCUAAGGUUACAAAGUCGGAUGCAGUUUCUGGAAUAUCAGGACAGCAACUAA